ACAAAGGAGAGGAGCGGCCGGCCGCGGACGCGAGCCGCGGGCCGGGCGCAGCCGGGCGGCCUUAUCACCGCCGCACACAGUCGCUCCGCGCGCGCCGCGACGCACGUCUCCGCGACCCGCGAGCCGCUCUGUGACUUGUGACCAACUGAACAGUGAAUCUGGACCUAGUGUGUACACGUGCCGCGCACUGCGCAUUCCUGCUAUACUUUUAUUGGUUGGACUUCUCCAUUCACAGGCCGUUUAUAAUAUCGCAAUAACGGCUGGCCUGUCAAAAAUUGUAAACAGACUACACGUGCCGCCGGCUCGCAACAGACGCGACGCCACAAUGGCGACCAAGGGCAAGCGACCGAUGCGCGCCUUGACGCCUAGUGACAAGAUCGAGGCCAUCCAGCGCGUCAACGACGGCGAGUCCAAGGCCUCCGUGGCGCGAGACAUCGGCGUGCCCGAGUCCACGCUCCGCGGCUGGUGCAAGAACGAAGACAAGCUGCGCUACAUGACGUCACGCCUCUCCUCGCCCGACACUGACAAGAGCAACGACGGCGAGUCCCCGGACAAGCGCGCGCGCACCGAGUCUCCCAUCGCGCCCCCCUCCCCCACCGCCACCGGCCUGGACCUGAGCUCGCCGGUCUCCGCCGCGCCCAUCGUGCAGCAGCCUCCGCCACCCAUCGACGCCCCCGUGGAACUCACCACCAAGCGCGCAGUCCCCUCCCCCACGUCUCACAUCCCGCGGGAGCGCCGGCCGGACCCCGGCGCCAGCGUCUCCAUGAGCGCCAUCAGCCCGCUGUCAGGACUCCCUCACCUGCCUGGCCUGACACACUCGCAUCUCGGGCUCAGCUUUAACGAGAUUGCAACCAAUCUGACUUUGCUCGCUCAAUUAAAUCCUGGACUAUCAGCGCUCUCAGCUCAGCCCGCAAGUCGGGCACUGCGCUCUGUUCGAUCUCCUAAGCCAGCACAUAAUGGCAUGCUCAACUUAAAUGACGGCAAACAUCACCAUCGUAGCAAGACCCACCACCACUCGGAUCCCUAUCGCUCAAGCUUGUCAAAAUCUAAUCACCACAGUUCAACGCACUCGACUUCUGCAAACCAACCGGUGGAUGACACGCUGUGGUACUGGUUGAAGACGCAACAAGCAAUGCUUGACUUGACUGCGCAAACCACAACUGCACACCCUCUCCAGCUCGGCAAGACCAGUGAACCUACUCUCCCGCCCAAACCACUCACUGCCGCCGCUCCGAUCAACUCACAUCUUGAUUAUAACAGGAACUCGUGGCUAUGGCAAUAUUACAAACAGUUUGGUGGAGCGAUGCCUCUGCCUGAGGAUAAACACAAAUCCGCUUCACAAGUGCCGAAGGACAAGUCGGCGGAAAACAUUCUCUACUCACAGCUCACAAAAGGAAAGAUGGAGGAAGAGCGGGGUGUGCCAACUAGUCCACUACAUGCACACGCUCAAAACGAGCCCGAGAGGCGCCGCACGCCCAGCGCGGAGCCGCGCGUGGCCGAGCCCGCGGUCAGCCCCGAGAUCGGGACCGAGAACAAGGAACCGACAACAGAGAGGGUUCACGAGUCGAGUCGAAGCCAAACCAAAGCGCGCACCGUGCUGGACAACCUGCUGUUCAACAACAGCAACCAGACAGCGAGCGCGGACACGCGGUCGGCGUCGCCGGCGAGCGGCGAGUGGGAGUCGGGCGCGGCUGAGGCAAUGGAGCACGGCGACAAGUUCCUGGCGUGGCUGGAGGCCAGCGGCGACCCCAGCGUCACGCGCAUGCACGUGCACCAGCUGCGCGCGCUGCUGCACAACCUGCGCGCGCGCCGGGCCCCCGCGCCCGCGCACCCCGCGCACCCCGCCGACCACGCCGCCCGCCGCAAGUAGACGCCCGCAACAACUGCCGCUCGCUACAGGGAAUAUUUCAAUUAUGUACAUAGUUACGUCGUCGCCAGUAAGCGUUCACUUGUGAUAUGUGUAGCCAAAUUUGCGUAAUUUCUUUGUUCUAAAAGAAAAGCUAUGCAUUAUUCUUUAGUUUGUAAGACUUUAGGCCGAGCCGCGCGGACCGACGAGGACGAUGCGCGUGCGCCGCUAUCGUCGGGCCGCACGACUUCAGCCAAUCUGUUUCCGAGUCUAUGUGAAUUUUGAUGGGUAGAUAGUAAUUAUACCUGUUGUAAAUUGAAUGUUAUAUAUCUGCGUUCUCACUUACCGAUGCACACAAGCUGUUAAGUAAUUAGUUUAGAUAGUACCGCUGUAUGUUGCCAUUCGACGAUUACAUUCCUAGUUGUACCCUUACUAUAGUUUAUAGUCGGAUCCCUAAGUUCUACCUCAAGUCAAACUAAUACUAAGUCACGCACGGCGUCCUUUCAACCGUUCACUGAGUAGUAGCGUGUGUGUGGUGUGUGCGUGGCGCGAGCGUGGCACGAGCGUGGCGCGAGCGUGGCGCGAGCGUGGCGCGAGCGUGGCGUGAGCGUGGCGUGAGCGUGGCGCGAGCGUGGCACUCCCGGCCGAUACCAAAUAUUGAAAGGAUGUGAAUGUAUUGUUGUGCCAAUCGUAAGAACAAGGUAAUAUUGUUAAGAUAUAGAUGACUCUAUUGCGUUAGCUAGGCACUCGUUGUGUAAUUGUUUUCUAUUGCUCAGUAUUUUAUAUAUUAUGUAUAUGGUAGACAAAGUCGACAUGUCGACUCGGAAUUGUAUUAUACGUUAAAGUUAACAGUUAAGGACACUGUGAUCAAAAUUAUAAAUUAUUGAGAGAUUAUUAUUAUUGUAAGUACAUUCCUAAUUAAUAGAGUGUAUUAUCGUAAUGUUAUAAGAGAUUGUCCAAUGGUGUAAGAUCGUGGUGACCGAUCGCGACAAAUCCGAUCUAUUAGAAAAAAAAAGUUCAAAAAUUAUAUCUCCUUCCCACAGAAGAUAAAAUAAUUGAUUUGCAUUUCACGUUUAUAUUAGCCACACUGAAAAAUUAUUCGAGAGAAAAUAUUUUGUACAAAAUUAAAAAAUUGGAUUAUAAAUUCUCUUAUCACGACUUGUGAUCUCGAAAAAUGUUGAAUGAUUAAACUUGAUUGAACCUUAA